CGUGAAUGACAGUUUAGCAGACCCCCUGUGACAGGUCAUCUCUUCUCUCACUUGGUGGUCUUCACUCUCUGAGCUCCUGUCUCACAUUAACUGUUCACCCUCAGUGUCUCCUCAGAUGUUCUCUCUGUCAGCUCUCAGCUUUCUCUUUAAAUCUCCUCCUCCUCCUCCUCCUCACUGAGCUCAGACAAACUUUCACUUUCGUUUCUUCACAAGUCACUUCCUUGUUCCUCUGACUGAUUCUCUCUGCCUGCCUCUCCUCAGACUGACGAUGGCUGAAGCCCAGCUGAUUGUGUCACAGGACGAGUUCACCUGCUCGGUGUGUCUGGACACCCUGACUGACCCCGUCACCAUCCUCUGUGGACAUAAUUUCUGUCUAAAGUGCCUCACAGACUGCUGGGAUCAGAGCCAAGUGUGCAGCUGUCCUCAGUGCAGACACACCUUCACCACAAGGCCUGAGCUGAACAGAAACACUCUGCUGAAUGAAGUCAUCAAGAAAUUAAAGAAAACGACUCUCAGUCCUCCUCCUCCACAGAAUUAUGCCGGCCCUGGAUAUGUGGAGUGUGACUUCUGUACUGGUAAGAAGUUCAGAGCUGUGAAGUCCUGUCUCACCUGCCCGGCCUCCUACUGUCAGACUCACCUGCAGCCUCACUAUGAAGUAGCGACCCUGAAGCACCACAAGCUGGUUGAUCCUGAUAGAAAUCUGAAGGAGAAACUCUGUGGGAAACAUCAGAAAAGUCUGGAGAUAUUCUGUAAAACUGAUGAUUCCUGUAUCUGCAUGAUGUGUGUGGUGACUGAACAUAACGGUCAUAAAAUGGUCGAGCUGGAGACAGAAAGAGUAGAAAAGCAGAAACAGCUGGGGGGGACACUGAGAGACAUCAAGAGGGGACUUGAGAAGAGAGAGAAGACACUGAAGGAGACGAGGAGGGCGAUGGAGGAGAUGAAGGUGAGUGGAUUAGGAAGAUAACACUUCAUAUCAAAG